AUGGCUCGCCUCGCUCUGGCCCUCGCGGUGAUGCUGUCCGUGCGCGCGCGGGCGGACGAGGGUUGCGCCGCCGACGGCACGUGCCAGGCCGACGAGGCCGAGGCCUCCGCGCUGCUGCAGAGCUCGGCGGCGCGCAGGGCCGACGUGGCCCAGCACGGCGCCGCGAACGCCACCACCGAGACGACCACGCUCACUUGCUACCCGAACUACGCGGCUGCUACCUGCGGCGGCGCCAUGAAGUGCUUCCAGGACACCACGGGCUGCACCACCUCCGGGGGCGGCGUGUGCUGCAAGGCGGCGGGCAACGGGCAGGGCCUCGCCCAGUGCAAGUACUGCGGCGACGCCACCUGCGGCCCGUGCCCGGGAGGCCCGGCUCCCACGCCCGCUCCUCCGCCCUCGUGCAGGACGGUCAAUCAGCAGUGCGGCAACUGGGGCAGCACCGGCCAGUGGCAGGGCUCGUGCUGCAGCGGCCUCGUGUGCGAGCUCCCGCCCUACGCCGUGCCUGGCGCGUCCAAGGUCUGCAGCUACCCCCCCAGGCCCACGCCUGCGCCCACGCCGUCGGGCAACCAGGUCGGAGAGAAGUGCGGCUCGUGGGGGAGCACUGGCCAGUACUAUGGCCAGUGCGCGUCCGGCCUCGUGUGCGCCCCCCCAGCGAACAGUAUGCCCGGCACGGCCAACGUCUGCGCCAACGUUUGCGGCAGCUUCGGUUCGGAUGGGGACAGCGUGACCGCCGGGUGCAACCGCAUGCAGUCCUGCAAGUGCAGGGCGACGCUGCCGUGCUCUCCUUGGAAGCCUGGCGCCGAGGGGUGCUACAUGUAUUGCUGCUGA